CUGUGCUGCGUUUUCUCACUUCUUCAACUGUUUCAGGAAGUGGGGCAGUGUCACUAAAAUCAGGAAACUACGUGUUGCUAUUUAUACAACUGAGCAAAGGGCUAUAGCUGCUGAAAGCUAAUGUAGUCUGCAGUGAAGACGAGAGCGCUACAGUACACUUGAGGAAUAAAAAAAAAGGCUUAUUUGGGCAAAUUAUGCUUAUAGUGGGGUGAUUUCUUUUGGUAUUUGAGACUUCACAACCAUGGAAGAACCCGUCUCAAGUUUAAAAGCAGCAAAACCUGAAUCAGCUUCAGCUCAUGAGCUGUUAAUUCUGCACACAUCUGAGGCACAGGAAUGGGCGACAUAUUUGCAUCAGAUUUUAAAAUCCUCAAAACAAUUUCGCAAAAGAUCUAUCUUGCUGCAUGCAAUCGACCCAGCUCAGCAGAUCCACGGAUAUGACUUUGAAAACUUCCAAAGCUGCAAGUGCAUCGUGCUGCUGCUCACGGGCGCGCUCCUGGACUUGCUGUAUGACCCUGAACUGCAGCUAGCGCUUCAGAGACUGCUUCACCCUCCACACAGAGUGGUGGCGCUGCUGUGCGGCGUGACAGAUGACGAUGCGCUGCUGGAGUGCUUCCAAGACUGGCCGAGAUGGAGGAAACUGUACACUGACGACGAACCUGCUGUCUACGUUUCCACCGUUAUGGAGUCCAUCACUGACAGUGGGCGAGUGGAGGCGGAACAAGAAAGUGAAAGCUUAUCUGUAGCUGCAGCCGAGUUGCACAUCACAGCAGCCGAGUCGCCUGAAAGUCCCAACACUGGUGAAACAGAGGAACCGGUGUCAAGAGAACAACAAAAGGCUGUUCUGAAACAUGAAGAAGGUGUGAGCACGGGGAAUUCUACAAGUGAGGAACUUGGAACACCCACGCACCUCACCUGUCUCACAAUUCAACCAAACAGAGUUCUGUGCGGGGAACGGGAGAGACUUUUCAUCAUUUUCACACAUAAACUAGAUGAUGGGUCUGUACCAGAGGUGGAGUUCUCAUCUGAAAAUGUAGCUGCAAAAAGAGUCCUGGGCACUGUGGAGAAUGAAUACACUAUAAGUGUUUCUGCACCUGAUAUGCCUGCUGGAGUGGUGUUGCUCACCAUGUACACUGACCAGUCCUGUGUCAGCUUGAAGUCGGUUACAUAUUAUACCAAUAUGGGAGAAGUUAGUCGGUAUAUUGAAAAUGCCACCGAUCCUGUUAACUUCAUCUGCCAGGCCUUCAACUUGACAACCAAUGCAACUGAAGCACUGGACGAAAUGCUUACUGACUCGUUAAAAUCCAGGAUGCCGGCAACUAGUCUUCAGCUGUUUGGAAUUAGACAGAUUGAAGAAAACAACAUGGCAGCAUAUCAGCGUAAUGAGGAGCUUCCCACGCUGCUCCACUUUGCUGCUAGAUAUGGCCUGAAGAAGCUGACCACCGUUCUCCUUCAGUGUCCGGGGGCUCUGCAGGCUUACAGCGUGAUGAACAAGUCUGGAGACUACCCAAACACGCUGGCAGAGAAGAGCGGCUUCUCUGAUCUCAGACAGUUCAUGGAUGAAUUUGUUGAGACAGCGGACAUGCUCAAGUCUCACAUCGAGGACGCCAUCAACACAGAGGAGGCUGCAGAUGUGUAUGAGAUGAUGUCGACCAACCCUCAAGAUAUCAUGAUGAAGUACUCGGGGGGCUCAGAGGACAUAUAUGAGUCCAUGCUGGGGAUUGACCCUGAUUGUGCAGAGGACCUAUAUGAAGUGAUGAACCCAGAGGAAGCAAUGCUUAGGAAGUUCUUUGAAGCAAGACCACAUGCCAGUGAAAACCAUUACAACAACGAGCACCUUAAAGGGGAGGAAGAUGAAAAAGACAAUCCUAAUGAUUUCGAUCCAAUUGAGGAAGAGGAGGACCCUUACAAUCUAUUCCCAGAGGGUAUCUAUGAUACUGUAGAUACAAAUCCAGCAGUCAUGAACCGUCCCCCAGCCCCUAUCCCCAGAACGGAGUCUGUGAGUGAUCCUGAAAAGCCUAUGACUGUCAUCUCAAGAGUAUUUUCAGAUAAAGCUACGUCCCAGUCUAGUACGAUGGAAAGUGGAAAUCCUGCAGUUCGGCCUGCGGAGGACGCUCCUCUUCCUGUUUACGACCCCUACGCUGGGAUGAAGACGCCUGGACAGAGACAGCUGAUAUCCCUGCAGGAGAGGGUGAAGGUGGGGGAGAUUACUGUGGACGAUGCUGUCCAUGACUUCAAGGCCUGGCAGUUUGACCAUGAGCGGAGGUCCGGCUCCAUACGCUAUCAGCAGGAAAACCUGAAGAGAUUGCGAGACAGCAUCACCAGACGUCACAAAGAGAGAACAAAGAGUGGAAAUGAGCUCGAAUAUGAGAUAAGUGCCCCGCUGCAGAGGAACUUAUACUGGGGCUCAGGUAUGGCGUUAGAGUGUUCUGUGUACGAGCCUGCACCAAGCAUGGUGGGGCCCCCUCCUCCAGUGGCCCCACCUAUCCAGAGAGGCAGCUGGAAGACAGGAAGCACGUCCAGCACAUCCAGUACGGAGAGCAACAGACUCAGCACUCACAGCACCUUCAGCUACAGCAGCGGCACAGAGCCUGAGUUUGAGGACAUUGCAGAUAAUCCCCCUCCUCCUCUACGACCUGUGAGGUCAUCUGAUGCGUCCCCCCUCGCUCCACCUAGGAUUCCUCCACGGGUCCCAGAGAGGAUGCCAGAAAACAUGCUGCAUGAGCGCUACAUAUCCUGCCCGACUCGAGCAGUUCCUCAAAGACCGACUCAAAGAUACACAAACUCAGCACCUCCAGUACCUCGUCGCCUGCGGUGAUCAACACAUGUCCACUUUAGCUGGGUUUCAUUUAAAGUAUUUUAGGAAGGAGGGAGGAGUUAGCAAGACAGUGUGUUCCUCUGUAAACAGACAUCAGGACUUAAAUAGAUGCCUACAUGCAGAGAGACUUUUUUAAUGUUGUGUCUUUUUUUUGCCUAUUAUAUGUUGUAUCAAAGUGCCUAACAUAAUAAUUCAGCCCCCAUAUUGUUUCAUUGUGUGCACAUGUGUUUGUGGGUGUGAUUGAGUCUGUGAUAUUGAGUGCAUAUGUAAGUGUUUUUACCGAAUAAUUGUUUGGCUCUGGUAACCCUGGAAUUUUAGUAUGUUGGUGAAAAAAGGGAAAUAAUUGGUUUUAAUUCAAAUCUUAAUUAUGAUAUUUUAACAUGGUUUGUAGUUGGUCUUCUGUUAACAGAGCCAGUGAUGUUAAUUUGGUUCAGUUCACAAGAUAAUUAUGAUAUUCCUUUAUGUAUUAUAAGCAUUUAAUUGAAAGGUUUUUUGACUUUAUUUUACCUUAAAUUAUGUAAUAAUUAUACUUCUUAAAUGACUUACAGGUUGGUUGGGUAUCUGUAUAUUUCUUUCUGAAACUCAGAGAAAUUAUCUCAAGGAAACCAGUUUUGCUUUACAUCACUCUGUCAUUUUUGUUCAUAAUAAAUAUUAUAAAAUUGCAAUUUGUGCAAUAGUGCAAUUUCAGGUUUGGUCACUUGAUGGCGCUCCAUGUUCUCUUUUCAGAUGCCACUUUCUGUGUUGGUGAACAUUUUUUUCAAGUUGAUUGAAUCCAUUAAGCAUGCAGCCGUUAAAUGAAUUUACAAAUGAUUUCACUGUUGUGAAUAUAAAUGAAACCUGACAUUUGAAAUGCUUUGGGAGAAAUUAUAAAGCCUGAGACUGGGCAUUUUUUUCAGAAUAAAAUCUUUACUGACAAACAG